ACUCUUCGGUGUCCUCACUCCUACUCCUAACACGCUCUCUUUUCACUGUUCUUCACCAUUUCUUCUUCUUCUUCUUCUUCUUCAUUCACACAUUGUCACAAACACAUGGCGACUAACAACGGCACAGAGCAAGUAGUGGUGCCUCUUCCAGUUAAGGUGGACAAUCUUCUAGAGCGCAUCUGCAAGGAACAGAACCAGAGUCCUCCAGAUUCUGAAGCCAGGCGCAAGCUCGCUGAAAUUGGCGAGCAAGAAGCCCUUACUUUACUAAAGAAAAUCUCAAAGUACAAAAUCAAGUCUCUAAGCGCAUACAUAGUUUACAUGAUCAAAAUAUCAACUGGCUCAUCAUCGCCAUCUUCAUUUCCUUCUCCGUCGAUCUCCCCUUUUGCUUCUUCUACUCUCUCUCCCAACCGUUUCACCGGUUCAGCUACGCGCACGAUGAGCCAGCACCACCAAACUACAGAUACAGUUGGUUUAGGCAGUUCUCAGGCCGUUGUUACAGAACUUAAACGAGACCCCUUGGAUUUUUAUGCUGAAAGAAGAGAAGAGAAAAUGCUUAGUCCACAGAUGGAGGCACUUGGAGAAUUGGAGUUCAGAAGGGCCUUUCUGCUGUUGAGUUACAUUGGAGGGGAGAGUCUUGAGACUCUUCAACCGGACUAUAUUAGAAGCUUGAAAGAUUUGCCUAUGGGAAGGUUUGAGAGAACAAUAUGGCAAGAUGUGGGGCAUAAAUAUAUAAAGGAUUGCCGCGAUCGGCAAUCGUAUGUUGACUGGGAUUCUAGUAGGCCACAUGUAUAUCAGUGCUAUGUUUCUACGGAUGGGAGCUUAAGAUUCAAGGGUCCUGUUAUACAGAACUCAAGAACACACCUACAGAGAACGUUAGGGGAUGACAAUGUCUUACUAGUUAAAUUCUCCGAGGAGGGAAGUGUCAUGAAGACGCGAAUCACUGUUGAUGAGGCUAUCAACCUGUAUGAGAAGUUUGGAAAGGAAGGGAUCCAAGUUGGGUUUAGAUUAUAUCGCUUUUUUGUUUUUAAAGAUGGUGGAAAGGAAGAGAAGAAGAAGGACCCAGCAUCGUCCUCUGUAAAAUGUUAUUUUGUUAGGAUGAAGUCACUUUCUUCUGCUGAUGAGAGGGCAUCGUACAUUCUGGCAGAUCGGAAUAUGAUCGAAGCUAGAUGUUUGUUUAUGCAUGCUCACACAUUAGCUAGUGUGGAUAAGUAUAUGGCCAGAUUCUCUCUUCUUCUAUCAAAGACGUUCAAACUUGACAUUGACUUGGCUAGUGUGAAUGUUAAGCAAAUUGAUGAUGAAUAUUGCCUGGAUGAAAAAGGAGAAAGAAUUCCUGAUAUAGAUGGCAAACUGCGUAUUCAUACAGAUGGAACUGGGUUCAUCUCAGAAGACUUGGCGUCGUGCUGCCCUACCAGUUUGUUUAAAGGAACUGCCAAAAAUAAAGUCACGAAGCCUUUGAUGAUCCAGUGCCGUCUCUUCCACAAGGGUUCUGCAAUUAAAGGCACGCUUUUGGUUAAUCAUACGCUUCCUCCUAGGACAAUCCAGGUUCGGGAUUCAAUGAUUAAAGUUAAGAGCGACAAAGAACUUGAGAAUGCUCCAAGCAUAGAUUCGUUAGAAGUAGUGGGAACGAGCAAUCACCCAAAUCGCUCAUUCUUGUCUAAAUAUCUCAUUGCACUUCUAAGCUAUGGUGGUGUUCCAAAUGAAUACUUCAUUGAAGUACUUCAGGAUAAUCUGAAAGAAGUUGAUCAAAUCUUCUCUAAUAAGCGCGCUGCAUUUAGAGCUUCUCUAAACCAUGGUGAGAUGGAUGAUUACACUGCACUGCGAAUGAUCUUAUGUGGGAUUUCUAUUGAAGAGCCGCAUUUGCAGUUUCAAUUGUCCGUAUUUGCAAAGGAGGAAAUGAAGAAGCUUAGAGGAGGGAAGAUCUAUAUACCAGAUUCUUUCUAUUUGAUGGGGACUGUUGAUCCCACUGGAAAAUUAGAAAGAAAUCAAGUUUGUGUAAUUCAUGAAAAUGGCCCAAUUACAGGGGAGGUGUUAGUUUACAGAAAUCCAGGUUUACAUUUUGGGGACAUUCACAGAAUGGUUGCAGUACCUUUGGAGGAACUAAAAUCUUAUGUUGGUGAUAGCAAAUAUGCAAUUUUCUUCCCAUGUGUUGGCCCUCGCUCUGUGGCAGAUGAGAUUGCCGGAGGCGAUUUUGAUGGAGACAUGUACUGGGUUUCAAAAAAUUCUGAGCUAUUAAAAUCCUUCAGACAGAGUGACCCUUGGAUAGAAACUCGACCUGAAGAACCUCAUGAUAAAGAACCACGUGAUAAAGAACAAAAUGUUAAAGAACCACGUGAUAUGUCUUCUGAUGAAUUUGAGGAACGGCUUUUUAGACUAUACCUAAAGACUCGAUUUGAACCAAGCAUUGCAAUAGGUGCAGCUGCUGAUAGCUGGAUGGCACAGUUUGACCUUGUGGACUCCAUGACUUUUCUUGACCAAUCAAUUAGCAGUUGUAUUGAAGUCCCAAAAGAGUUGUCUGCAGAAUUGUUCCCACAUUAUAUGGAAAAGGAGAAAUCAUUCACUUCAACCUCUGUGUUAGGAAUGAUAUAUGAUGAGGUUCUCAGAUGGCAACAUAAAGAAGAUCCUGCAAUAGAAAUAAAAAAACUCCCUUGUUUUGAUAUUGAAGUACCUAAAACAAGUUCGGAAAAUUGGCGAAAUUUAUAUAAGGAGUAUUUGAGGGAUAUGACUGCUGCCUUAAGAGACAAAGAAAAUGACAAAGAUGCUUCCAAAGGGAAGGCAGAUGAAGUCAUCAAAUAUUAUAAGCAGAAACUGUAUGAUGGUGCUGACAAUAUGGAAGAUAGUGCAAGAGACAUAAAUGAUAUUUAUAUUGAUGCUUUGGCUGUGUAUAAUGCUACUUAUGACCAUGCCAUGGCAGUGAAGGAAGUUAAUAAAUGCGGAUUUGCAUGGAAGGUUGCAGGUUUACCUCUAUGCAGUCUUUAUAAUCUUAAACAAGAUGAAAAGGCUUUUGUGGUUUCCCUCUCUGUAUUGCGUGAGAUUGGAUGAUCAUCUUCACUCUACACAGUCAUACUAGCUAGUUAAUUGUAUCAUAGCCUAUGCCAAUACUUUGGUUGAUGAACUGUUACCAAACUGCACCUUAGCUGUGCCUAAUUUGUCUGUAAUAUAAUAUAGGUUUUCAUGUUAUCAAGUAUCAACCUGUAGGAUUGGUCAUUGGCAAGUAAUGAAACUUUGUGCACUAUAUUCAUUGUA